AUGGCCUCGGAGACUUCUGGACCUGGCAGUCGUGCUGGCUCCGUGCCUUCGACUAGCUUUCCCACCGAUCCUUCGGAGUUCGAUAAGGACCCGCGCAUCUCCUUCUCCAAGCUUGACAAUCAGUACAUACUUGAGACCGACGAUGACCGUGAGUUCGUGUGGGACACUGGCAUCAAGCGCUGGGUUGAGUCGAUCGACGAGGAGCUCUUGCGUCAGCAGCAGGAGGCUUACAAGGUUGAGGGAGUCGAUGAAACCGAAGCUGCUCACCCGCGCGAUCGUAAGAAGCGCAAGCAGGAGAACGACGCGGCCACCGAACCCAAGCAGAAGAAACCCCGUGUCAACUGUGCUGUUUAUGUCUCCUCCAUCCCUCUCGACGCGACCCUGGACGAGGUCGUGAGCGUUUUCAAGAAAUUCGGCCUCAUCACUGAGGAGAUCGACACCGGAAAGCCCAGGGUCAAGAUGUACAAGGAUGAGAAUGGAAACUUCAAGGGUGAUGCUUUGAUUGUGUACUUCCGAUCUGAGUCGGUGGACAUUGCGAUUCAGAUGCUUGACGAGACGGACUUCCGUUUCGGUGUCACUGGCCCCAAUGGCCCCAUGCGUGUUCAGGCUGCCGAUACCGCUUGGAAGAGUGAGGAGGCAGAUUCGAACCAGGAUCAGAAGCAGAAGCAGUCGCACCGCUCCAAGACUGAUCAGCGCAAAAUUGCCGAGCGCGCUAAGCGUCUCAAUGAGAAACUCAACUGGGAUUCUGAAGAGGAAGGUCCCACUUACUCGAAGUACGACCACAUGGUAACUUUGAAGCACAUGUUCACGCUUGAGGAAUUGGACGAGGACCCAGCUGCCAUUCUUGAGAUCAAGGAAGAUAUUCGCGAGGAGUGCGAGAAGAUCGGUGAAAUUACCAACACCGUGCUCUACGACCUUGAGCCCGAGGGCGUGGUCACUGUCCGCUUCAAGGACCCCGCUGAUGCGCGUCGCGCUGCCGAGGCCUUUUCUAAGCGCAAGUUUAACGGUGUUCAGGUCGUGGCCUACGUCCAGCACGUUCGGGAGCGAUACCGCAAGUCCGGCACUCAGCGCGAUGCCCUCGAGGGAAUCGAUACCGAGGCGGAGGAACAGAAGCGUCUUGACCGCUUCGGUGAUUUCCUCGAGGGUAAGGGCACCUAA